UACAGUGUUUUAGCUUCAACUUUACACUUUAUACAAAUUUUAUUGGACAAUUUAUAUAUUUAAUUUAGAUAAUUUUAAAUUAUUUUAGGAUGAAAUGGUAUAAUAUUCUUGGACGAUUUAUUGAAUAAAUAAUUGUAGACAUUACUUUGAAGGUCUUAUCAGCAAUAGAUAUAGGGUUGCAGUUUACGAGACUCUAUUUAUGGAUCAUAUGAAUUGAUCUACGCGUUAAACUAAUCCCAGACACGUUCUUCCGCCACGUAGAUAACGGUUGUUGUUGUCAAUCCUAUUACUUACCAUGUACAAAGCCCAAAUCUUGCAAAAAAUUAAAUCGGUGGCAGAAGCCCAUAAGAAUAAAGUCAAAGAUGAGUCCUUCCUAAACAUCGAGUGCAAGGAUUGCAAAACACUCGGACAUUUCAACAAGGCAUACCAUGAAUGCAAGUUUUACAAAGCAGUUUCUGCGGCUGAUGUUGGAAGUAGCGGCAAGAAACGUAAGCAAUCAGCUACAAUCAAGGAAGAAAAGAAGCAAGCAAAGAGAAAGAAGAAGCAAACAACUGGAGAUAUCAAGUGUAUCAGUUGUGGCUUAAAGGGUCAUUCUACUUCUCGUUCUCUCGAAUGUCCCAAUCACAUUGCUUCAAAGGAAGAAGUUAUUACCUCGACGCUUGGAGAAGGCUCCACUGUAUUCACGAGGAAGCUCCCUCUUACGUCUGCUGUGAAGCCAGCGUUUCGCGAACAAUUCCAAGAAAAAGUCAUCUCUUGCUGCUCUGACAUAAGGAGAAUAGUAUUCUCUAGUCAAUUAUUCGUUAACUCGUACCUCAUUCAUUAUCAGGAGAAUAGAAGGAAUGCUAACAAAGGCGACAAGAAAGACACUGAUAAAAACAGCAACAAAGGCAGUAAAGAAGCCAACAAAGAAGACAGCAAGAAAGACAGUAAAGAAGCCAACAAAGACAGGUCUAUUCCUGAUGUAUUCUGCCAGCAAUUCUGGUAUUCAGUAGGUCAGCUUAUAACGGGCAAGCAAGUUACUCACAAAACGGCAUUAUCCGAGGACAUAAAACAGUAUUAUACAGACUUCAAGGCAAAGUUCCCUACUAUCGAAGUAAAACACAAGCUGACCGUGGGAUAUAGUCAUUGCCUUACAGAGGCAGCAAAGGAAUUGAGCGUCUCUUACACGAACUCCAUUGUAGAGCGCUUCGAGCAGCGCUUAACAAAGUUCUUUACCUACAAAUUGAGAACUAUGCUCCCGAAUAUCAAACGCACUGAUGUAUAAAGAAUUGUACAGCUGUAUUGUUACCAAUCUGUCUGUCAUGGUCAUCCUCAUUGGCCAGA